CCCCAAUCAUAUGAUCGAAAAAAGGUAGUCGUCAAUCGAAAAUUUUUACACGACGGACUGAGUUUGAGUGAUACACACGGACACGCACACCUUUUUACCUACUGCUUUUAGGUAUCGUGAAAUAGUGAAACUUAUAUUCCCUCGGCUAAAUCUGAAAAUAUUGUGUGAAAAGUAAAAAAAGAAAAUUUGCAAAGAUGGCACUUAGCGACGCUGAUGUACAAAAACAGAUUAAGCAUAUGAUGGCUUUCAUUGAGCAAGAAGCCAAUGAAAAGGCCGAAGAAAUCGAUGCUAAAGCCGAAGAGGAAUUCAACAUUGAGAAGGGUCGUCUGGUGCAACAACAGCGUCUCAAGAUCAUGGAGUACUAUGAAAAGAAGGAGAAGCAAGUUGAACUGCAAAAAAAGAUUCAGUCUUCGAAUAUGCUGAAUCAGGCCCGUUUGAAGGUUCUGAAAGUGCGUGAAGAUCAUGUACGAAAUGUCCUCGAUGAAGCCCGCCGUCGCCUUGGUGAAGUCACCAAGAAUCCUGGGGAAUACAAAGAGGUCUUGCAGAAACUUAUUUUGCAAGCGCUGUUCCAGGCUAUGGAGUCCAGUGUCACUUUACGUUGCCGUCAGGCCGAUGUUAGUCUCAUUAAUGAAGUGCUGCCCGCCAUUCUAGAGGAGUACAAACUCAAAAUUGGCAAAGAUGUCAAUGUUCAUAUUGAUACGGAAAAUCAUCUAUCGGCGGAUACUUGCGGUGGAAUUGAGUUGAUUGCCCUCAAUGGACGCCUAAAGGUACCAAACACCCUGGAGUCCAGAUUAGAACUGAUUGCGCACCAACUUGUGCCAGAGAUACGUAACGCUUUGUUCGGCCGUAACAUCAAUCGUAAAUUCACCGAUUAAAUAUUUUAGGUGUAAACACUAUGUAACACACAAAACCAACAUACAUAUAAAUCCUACAUACAUAGUUUAAAGACGGAAACAAGAAGAAACACAAAAGCAAAAAAGGUAGUUGAAUGCGAGUUUAUAAUAUAAUUUUAAAAUGCAAAUAAGAGUUAAUUUACCGAAAUUAAAUUGUUAGCUAAUAAAAUUGUCAAGUUAUA